UUUUGAUUUGGCCUUGAACUGUUCUUAUUUUAUUAUCAAUAAAUUAACUUGCAGAACUGUAAGGUUAUAAAAUAAGCGCAAACAAACACAUUAUUUAUAAAAUAGAGGAAGUUAUUGUAUUGAAAUGGUAUCAACAACAGAAACUAUUACAGGAUUUUAGAAUAUACAUGUACCAAUUAAGGAUAACAUAAGAAGACAAUAAAAGGUCAAACUCUAUAUUAUAAUCCAGGAACUUAGUGAAGCCUGAAUUCUCAAGAUGAAGCUAAGUCCUAGGGAGAUUGAAGGCCUGUUGAUACAUCAGACAGGAUGCCUUGCACAGAAAAGGUUGGCCAGAGGCAUAAAAUUGAACCAUCCUGAGGCAGUGGCUCUCAUCUCAAGUCAGUUACUGGAGUUUGUCCGGGAUGGUACCAAUACUGUUGCUGACCUCAUGCAGAAAGGACGUGAAUUAUUAGGCCAGAGACAAGUUCUACCUGGUGUUGCAGACAUGAUUCCAGAUGUUCAAAUAGAGGCAACAUUCCAUGAUGGUACAAAGUUGGUGACUGUACAUAAACCUAUCUGCCGGGAAGAUGGUAACUUGGAGCUGGCCUUAUAUGGAAGCUUUCUUCCAGUUCCAAAUGUAACUAUAUUUGCUAAUAAGAAAGAGGAAAAACUAACAAAAGUGGACACAUCUUUGGAUGUAACACCAGGAGAGCUAGUGCCAGCUAAUGCAGGGCCCAUUGAGAUAAACAAAGACAGAGAAAGAGUUCAACUUGUUGUGACAUCAAUGUGUGAUAGACCGAUACAGAUAGGAAGCCAUUACAAUUUUAUAGAAACAAACAAAUAUCUAAGGUUUGAUAGGGCAGCCUCCUAUGGAAUGCGACUGAACAUUGCUGCUGGUACAGCUUUACGGUUUGAGCCAGGUGAAAGUAAAAUUGUUGAAUUGGUGGCCAUAGGGGGUAAGAAGGUUAUACGUGGUGGCAAUGGAUUAUGUGAUGGUGCUGUGGACCCUGAUCAGCUUGAGAAGAUCAUGAUGAAAGUAAAGGAACAAGGAUUUGGUAAUGAGGAAAAUGAUAGCACUGCUCAACAGAGUAAGGUAGUUGCACCUGAAGCCGACUGUUGCACCAUUUCUAGGUUCAAUUACUCCCACACAUAUGGUCCCACUGUUGGAGAUAAGUUGCGACUCGGAGAUACAACUCUAUUUAUUGAAGUGGAGAAAGAUUUCACAGUAUAUGGCGAUGAGUGCAAGUUUGGAGGUGGAAAGGUGUUAAGAGAGGGCAUGGGCCAGGCUGCAGGAGUGUGCAGCAAUGUAGCUUUAGACACUGUUAUAACAAACGCUCUCAUAGUUGAUGCUGCUACUGGUAUUGUAAAAGCUGACAUUGGAAUUAAGGAUGGUAUGAUAGUUGAUAUAGGGAAAGCAGGAAAUCCUGAUGUAAUGGACAAUGUCAGUGAGAAACUGGUGGUUGGUGUGGGAACUGAAGUGAUAGCUGGUGAGGGUUUGAUUGUAACUGCCGGUGCCCUAGAUGCCCAUGUCCACUUUAUAUGCCCCCAGUUGGCUAAAGAGGCUAUAGCUGCAGGGAUCACUACAAUAUUUGGAGGGGGCACGGGUCCUGCUACAGGGUCAAAUGCAACUACAUGUACUCCUGGUCCUAAUCAUAUCAAGGCUAUGAUCCAAAGUACAGAUGCAUUCCCACUGAACUUUGGUUUCACUGGUAAAGGGAACACUUCAAAUAGUUCUGGCAAGUGUGAUGAACUGGAAGAGCAGAUUAAAGCUGGUGCUAUAGGAUUAAAACUGCAUGAAGACUGGGGGUCUACUCCUGCAGCUGUAGACACGUGUCUCAAUGUAGCUGAUAAACUUGAUGUACAGGUUAUGAUCCACACUGACACCCUCAAUGAAUCCUCCUGUGUGGAACAAACAGUCGAGGCAUUCAAGGGCCGCACCAUCCACACAUAUCAUUCUGAGGGAGCAGGCGGGGGCCAUGCCCCAGAUAUUAUCAAGGUGUGUGGGGUGAAUAAUGUUCUGCCAUCUUCAACCAAUCCAACUAGACCAUAUACAAAAAACACCAUAGAUGAACAUCUUGAUAUGUUAAUGGUCUGCCACCACUUGGACAAGAACUUGAAAGAAGAUGUAGCAUUUGCUGAGUCUAGGAUUCGUUCUGAGACAAUUGCUGCUGAGGAUAUUUUACACGACAUGGGAGCAAUCAGUAUCAUCGCAUCUGACUCCCAGGCCAUGGGUCGUAUAGGUGAAGUUAUAACAAGAACGUGGCAGACUGCAGAUAAAAUGAAGAACUUUAGGGGCAGACUAGCAGAGGAAAAGGGUGAAAAUGAUAACAUCAGAGUUCGCAGAUAUGUGGCCAAGUAUACGAUCAACCCUGCAAUAAGUAAUGGAAUGGGACAUCUCAUUGGUUCCGUGGAGGUAGGCAAGCUUGCAGACCUCGUCUUAUGGAAUCCUGCUUUCUUUGGUGCCAAGCCAGAGAUCAUAGUGAAGGGGGGAUACAUAGCUUGGGCACAGAUGGGAAUGCCGAAUGCCUCGAUUCCAACCCCACAACCUGUGAAACAGCGGAAGAUGUUUGGAGCCUAUGGAAAGUCCAUUGGAGGACACUCUGUUAUCUUUACAUCAAAACUUGGUAAAGAAUCAAACACUGUUGCCUCUUAUGGAAUAUCCAAAAGAAUUGAGGCUGUACGAAACUGCCGCCAACUAACGAAGAAAGAUAUGAUCAUGAAUGAUUAUCUCCCCACACUUUCAGUUGAUCCACAGUCAUACCGUGUGAACAUUAAGCAUGAUGGUGAUAAGGAAGAUGAACAUUUGACAUGCCCACCAGCUAACAGACUGGCUCUUACACAGAGAUAUUUCCUUUUCUAACAUAAUGAAUGACACAUAGAGACUUGAGAUUCAUAUACAAUACAGUAAACAUGGCUGGAAUACUGAACACAUAAUUAGAGGACCUGUUAUACAUUGGUUAUACAUAUGAUCCACUCUACAUGUGUGCAACUGAUGCAAACAGUUGGAGAUCACUUAUGAGCACUUGACAAUGAAAGCCCAAACACUAAAACCAUGUAUAUUUGACUAAAAUACUCAAAACAGAUAAUAAUGUACUGUUUCAAAGGAUGCUUAGAUCAUAUACAGGGUGUGAUUUAAGUUAGGGGAAAUAAAUUACUGUUCCAUAAUUCAGUUCUGCCAGUAUGUCAAACAUCCUGACAGUGUACCCUAAAUACAUAGGGGAAAGAUAUUGAACAAUUUUACACGCUUUCGCAAUACAAAGUAUAAACCUUUUUUGCAAUUUGUAUUUACAUGUAAGACUUUAAUAGAAAGUCACCAUAGAAAUGUUUCAUAAAUGAAAUGUUUUUGCAUUGUAUGAUAGUGAUAUGCUCAAAUCACAUUCCAGAUUUAUUUCUCGGCAAGGCCAUAAAAUUGGUACAUGUCCAGAUGAAAGUAACUGAUAAUGGCUUGUUUUUCCCAACAGUUACUUACUUCAUUGUUUUAAUAGCUUCGUAUAUCUUGCUUUUGUAUCUACAUCCCCAUAAAAAUACAACUACACUCAGAAAAAUAGAGGAAUCAGAAAAGAAUGCCAUGAGAUUAGUUAUAAAGAAUGCUUCUAUACACCCC